GUUUAGUUGCAAAUGAAGUUUUAACGGAACAAGUUGAUUUUUUGGAUUAAGUAAAAGCUGGUGCGUUCGUGGAUUUAAAAUCAUAUAAUAAAGAGAGACGGUCGUGUAUAAAAUUUAAAUUAAAUUGCAUACAUAAUAACACAAAUAAAAAAAACGAAGAAAGUCUAAGAAAAAAUUUUUGUGAUGUCGGAACUAAAGGAUGUUAAUGAUGAAGAAUUUGAAGCUUUGCGAAAUGAUCGUAGUCCCCGAGUAGUAAGCGGUCUUGAUAGACCGUAUAAACACAAACCUUUGGGUGAACAAAAUCGUGCAUUGAAACGUCAAGCGACAAUGGUGAUUUUGGGAAACUUGGGUGUAAUGUCGACUGGUAUGGCACUUGGUCUACCAACGAUUACAAAUAAUCCCAUGACUGAUACGACCCAAGGGGCAUAUUUGACGUUAUCAGAAUUUUCCUGGUUUGCGUCGUUCAAUUUAUUUUCUGCACCCUUUGGGGGUCUACUUUCUGGUCUACUGUUAGAUAAAUUCGGACGCAAAAAUACCAUUAUUGUGAUGAAUGUUUUAGCGUUGCUCUCGUGGAUUCUUAUGGCAACAGCCAGCUCUGAAAACCAACAAUCUAUGUUUAUACAAUUAAUGGUUUCUCGAAUAUUAGUGGGACUUGCUAGUGGUCUUUCUAGUGCACCAGUUGGCGUAUAUUCAGCUGAAAUUAGUACUCCCAAAAUAAGAGGACGUUUGAUACUGGGUACCUCUAUCUCUGUAGCUAUGGGUAUAACUUUAAUCUAUGGCUUGGGAUAUUUUAUACGCGACGAUUGGCGUUUAAUUGCCUUAAUAUGUUGUGCGUUUCAAAUAAUAACGCUCUUAUGUGUCAUACCUCUGCCAGAGUCACCCAGUUGGCUGAUAUCGAAAUCACGUUUGGCUGAAGCUAGAAAAUCGAUUAAUUAUUUCAGAGGAUUGGAUAAGAAACCUGUUAUUACGCAUCCAGAAAUUUUAACGGAAUUUAAUCUAUUACAAAAAAAUAUACAAUUGACCGAGGGACAAAAGAAACCUUCAUUUCUCAAGUCGCUAAAAUUACCAGAAGUCUAUAAGCCUCUUUUAAUACUGAUUGGUCUCUUUUCGUUCCAACAAUUGACGGGUAUUUUUGUGGUAAUUGUAUAUGCUGUGCAGAUAUCUACUGAAGCAGGUGUCACCAUCGAUCCCUUUAUGUGUGCUAUAAUGAUAGGUCUGGCCCGUGUUGUGACCACUUGUCCCAUGGGUUAUAUCUUGGAGAAAUGGGGACGUCGCCGUUCUGGUUUAAUUUCAGCAAUGGGCAUGACCAUCUGUAUGAUUCUGCUGUCGCUACACGAACAACCAUGGCUUAAAACAAUUCCCUACUUGCCAGUCAUAGCUAUAGUUGCCUUUAUAGUUCUCAGUACACUUGGUUUAUAUACACUUCCUUUCUUUAUGAUUUCUGAGCUAUUUCCACAAAAUGUAAGAGGACCCGCUUCAGGACUAACAAUAGCAUUUGGUACUUUUGUAUCAUUUGUAUGCACUAAAACGUAUCCCUCAUUGAAAGAUGUUAUUGGCAAAGAGUACUGCUUUGUCAUGUAUGCUGUUUUUGCCUUUUUGGCCGUGAUUUUUGUUUAUCUUUGGCUGCCGGAAACUAGAGGUCGUACUCUCUUACAAAUCGAAGAAGAAUUUAGACACGGUAGACGAUCAAGAAAACCAGCAGAACCCGUGGAAAUGGAAGAAAUUUAUGUUAAAUAAAUUUUAUAAAUUUAAUGACUAUUUGACUUAAUCUAUAAAAAAAGAUUUGCGCAGUGCGCCUAUAUGUUUGUGCAAAUAUGCAAACAUAAAUAUUUAUUUUAAUAUUCUCUGGACAAAUUGUGCAAAAUAAAUAUGAUAAUACUAUAGUAGUACAACUAAGAAAUAAUACAAAUGUACGGACUACUUAAUAAGUGCUGUGAUAAGACUGUUUAGUAAAUAUUAGUAAAUAUUUAAUAAAAAAACAUUUUAUAAUAAACAAAACAUUAUGAAAAAUC